UACAGUUCUAAAAAUAAUUAAAUAAACAUGUUUCAUAGAUAUUCUGCUUGCUGAGUAAAGAUCAGUAAAGAAUACUGAUGGGUGUGUCAUAAACAGACAUCCCAAGUUGCAAAAGUUGAUUUCAGGGAGGUUACACAUUUGUGCAUUAUUCAGCCCCGCCCACACCGUUGAUGUACCCGUCUCUGUAGGACAAAUAUGGAAGUGCUGGUGUGUUCUGAUCAGUUUUCUCCUUCUAUGGUUGCAAAGGUUGUAAAUAAAAUCGUCCUGCCCCCCCCCAAAAAGGCGUUUACAGUGAUUAAGAAAUAAACAGGGCGGAGCUUCAUUCUAUAUAAACCUGCACACUUUGUGAUAGACACACAGGCAGGUCUUCAGGACUCCAGAAGAUCAGUCGGGUGAGUACUGAAACACACACACACACAUACACACAAACUGGGAGAAAAAUAUUUUUGAUGUUACAGUUAAUUAAAUUUUCUGUCCACCUCCUAUAACCUCCACACAUUCUUUUACUCUGUACAGAAUGAGGGUGUUACUCGCUGUCGCCGCUCUUGUGGUCGUGGUUGGUGCAGCCACUGUCUCAGAGGAGGACAAGGAGUUUGAAUCCUGGAAACAGGAGCAUGGUAAGAGUUAUGGUUCUGAGGAAGAAGAGUCUCAGCGUAAGAUGAGCUGGCUGACCAGUCGUAAGCUGGUUCUGGAGCACAACAAGCUGGCUGAGCAGGGCCUGGAAAGCUACACACUCGAAAUGAACGAGUUUGCAGACAUGGAGGACCAGGAGUUCCAGGACAUGUACACCGGCAGCCUGGAUUCCAUGAACGAAACCGAGACCAACACCCAUUGUGCCUCUACAUUUACGCCAGAGAAUGAAGAGGAUACUCUGCCCUCGAGUGUGGACUGGAGGACGGCGGGAUACGUGACAGGAGUUAAGAGCCAGAGGAGAUGUGCAUCCGGCUGGGCUUUCAGUGCGACGGGAGCGCUUGAGGGUCAGAUGUACCGGAGGACAAGAAGGCUGAUACCUCUGAGUGAGCAGCAGCUGAUCGACUGCUCCGGGAGUUAUGGAAACCAUGGCUGUCAUGGCGGUUUGGCAAUCCGGGCCUUUUGGUACGUCAUGCACAAAGGGCUUGAAUCAGGACACAGCUAUCCCUAUUGGGCCAGGAAGUCCAGAAGUUGCUACUUUGAGCCAUGGAAGGUUAAGGCUACCUGCCGUGGCAUGAUGUGCUUGCCCAGAGGAAAUGAGGGAAUACUGAAGUAUGCUGUGGCCAGAAUCGGACCGAUUUCAGUAUCUGUAGAUGCCUCCAGACGCUCCUUCAGGCUCUACAAGUCAGGUGUGUAUUACGAUCAUACCUGCAGUAACCAUCACAUGAACCACGGCGUCCUGCUGAUUGGCUAUGGCAGAAGUGGAAGCAGGAGUUAUUGGCUGGUUAAGAACAGCUGGGGAACUUGGUGGGGUGAACACGGCUACAUUAGGAUGUCCAGGAACAAGGGCAACCAGUGCGGCAUUGCCACAAGACCCGUCUUCCCUAUUGUUUAAAGAUGGAAGAAAAAGCCAAAGCAGUGAUGAACAUCUGUGGGAGGCUUCAGUCUUGACACAAUGAUCAUGUCCCAUUCAGCAGCAACAAAAAAUAUAAAAAAAAAUGUGCACUUGCUAUUUUACAUUAUACUCUAUCCUUUUUCUUUAAUGUCCUGCUUUUACGUAAUUCUUUCUCUAUGAUCAGCUGAUGAGAGAAAGCGGCGUUAUUAGCUAGACCACCAGAGACCAACAUCCUCUCUCUUUAAAUACACGUAAAAGUGUUGUUUCAAACUUUAACUAUAAUAAACUUUCAGCAUUAAAAAGUUGUUCAAUGAUUACAUUUCAGGAUCAGCCACACACAUAAACA